GGGCGAACAGAACACGCUUUCCGUUUCUGCGCCUUUCCGCAAAGUCAAUCGGAUACCGCGGAUCGCGCGACCGAAUUAUCUCCCGGAUCUCGCUGCCUAAUCCAUUACGCGCGAACGUGAACGUUUCGCAUUAACAUACAUACGUACAUACGUGGUGCGUCUGUCGUGCGAGUGCGAGAGAAACGAUGGAUCUUCGCCAACGAGUGGAAAACGCUUGAAAUUCUUAUGGUGUAAUAACGCACGAUGGUUUUAUCGCGCUUCAUUUGGGUUAACUGUGAAUUACCGUACCUCGCGAAAUAUUUUCCAAGCGGGAAAACGGCCACCCUUUGGUGGCUCCUUUUUCGUUUAAUUAAUCGCAGCUUUAAACUCUCACCGCGUAGCGCGCGAACGUGGCCGCUUUAAUUCUUCCUUCUAACAUUUAUAAAUCUACAAAUAAAAUUCCGGUAUAUUCGCAAUUUCCGCACAAUUAGCGCAAAAAGAGCCCCAAGGACUUUGGUUGUAACUCUUGUUCAACAACGUAAUCGCAUUUGGAAUUUCAAGCUUUCUCCUGUUUGGAGCUACCCUUAGAAAGGGAGAAACUUUCUAUUAUAUCUCGCAUUCUCUUCAAGCCAAGCACCGUUAAAAGUACGGAUAGGUCAUUUUGCGUAAAUUAAAUGUUCAAUUCGAAGCAGGUGAACAAUUCUGAGAGUUCAACUUAUUACUUUGUUUCGCCUAGGAUAUGUUUAUAUCGUGCAUGAAAAUUUAACAGUAAGGACUAUCUUAUGACUUGACGACAGACAGUGCAAACGUAUCAUCAAACUGGAUCACCUCUGUGACAAAGUGCUCUUUAGAUUGACAGUGGAAAAAAAAUUAUACAUCACUGUCAGUGCCAUGCCGCAUAGAUCGUCGGACGCUUCGUCGAGGGACAACCUUAAUACUUUCGCACAACCGGAGGAUCGUCGUCGUACCGGAAGAUACAUCGCGGGUGGAACGGCUCUCGCAUUUACGUUACUCGGGCUACAUCAUUUGCUUCUACGGGGUGCGUCCACCAUAGCUGGGGUGUGCGUACCCGCUAUCAUAAUGGCAUCGUACAUAAUCUGGGUGCUGUACUCUGCUCGCAGGGACAGGCGGAAGGCGCUAAGAUUUGCCACAGCAAUGCAGCUCACUGAAGUCAUUACUGCGCCUUCCAAGUCCACACCUGACGCUAUUUGCAAAGAUGUUAAGAGCGAUAGUGACUUUAGGAGAAAUUCAUCGAAUUCUUACAAAUCGCAGAACAAUCGCGAAAAUCCAGCUUUUUCCGACAAGGAUGAAAUAUGAAAGUUAAAAAUGAAAGUUCGGAAAAGUACUUUGUAAAUCUAUCCUUCGUCAAAUGCUCAAAGAUGUUGCACCGUUAAAACCAAUGUUGUUUAAUUUUUAAGAAUUUAUUCUUAAAAAUUUUUAUAAGAUUAUGUAUGACACAUAUAUGUAUAUGACACUAUAUGUAGAUUAAAUGUUUCUUAUAAAGUACCUAUAUUCUUAUAAAAAGUAACAGCUUCUUCUAUCAUUUGGUAUUUUAAUUUUACAGUAUACCUACUCUGAAAAUUGUGAGAUUUUGUCAGCUCGUAAAUUUAAUAUACGAGAGCCUGACAAAGAAACGCUUUUAAAACUGAAUUUACGAUGCAGUUUUAAAAACUCGUUUUAUCAGUAAGUAAAUUUCAAGUUACUGAGACUUUCUUUUAAAUUUUCUUUUUAUAUAAAAAUAAUAUUCUUUGAUUAUAUUAUA